CCGAUGGCGGACAGGGCGGACACCCUCCGCUUCCUCCCGCUCUCUGGCGCGAUCGACGUCAGCUUUCUCACCGAGCUGGGACGGCGCAAGCUGCACGAGUUCAAGCUCUCCGACGCGCCGGUCGAGAUCCGCGGCACGUUCGCGCCCUCAAACCACCAUGAGGUGGCCUCGCCGCUGUGCGUGAGCGCCGACGCCUUCGACUCGGGCGGCGCGGCCGGGGUUCCUCCCUCGCUCUGCGUGGUGCCCGGCACACUCAUCAACGCAAACACACUCGAGGACUUCAAGGAGUGGGACAAGGCGGAGCUGCUCCGCAAGGCGGCGGCCGCCAUCUGGCAGGACAUGUGCUCCGGUGCCGCGCUCGCCGAGCCGCACCGCCUCUGCCGCUUCCUCCUCCUCACCUUCGCAGACCUCAAGACGCACAAGUACUACUACUGGUUCGCCUUCCCCGCCUUUGCACUCGACCCUCCUCCGCGGGCCACGCCGCCGGCGCCGCUGGCGUCGCUGCUCGACGCUUCGCAGCUGGACGCUCUGAGGCGGGGGUACGCGGCGCUUCCCGCCUCAGCCCACGGCCGGCCCGCCUUCUUUGCUGUGCGGCUGUCGUGCGGGUCGGCGGGCGAGCCGGUGCAGGUGGCCGAGGUCGGCCCGCUCAGCCGCUGGCUCGAGUGGCGCGGCGGCGCGGGCGGGCGCGAGCAGGCGUGGAUCGCGCUCUGCGACCCGAGCCCGCAGCACGCUGGCUGGCCGGCGAGGAACCUGCUUCUCGCCGCAGCAGCCGCACUUCGCGAGGCGAGCCCGGCCGCCGCUGCCGGCCUGCCCUCGGAGGUGCGGCUGACCCUCCUCUGCUUCCGCGAGCCGGUCGGCGGCGGAGGGCCGCCGCCGGCGGCGGCGGGCGAGGGGCCGCGCGAGCCGAAGUCCGCCGCCGCCUCGACGCUGUACAACGUGACGAUGGACGUGCGCGGCUUGUUUGGCGGCGGCGGCGGCGGCGGCGGCGGGACGGCGGCGCCUCCCUCCGCGGUCGGGUGGGAGAAGAACUCGUCGGGCCGGCCCGGCGCGCGGCUGAUGGACCUGUCGGCGCAGAUGGACCCGGCAGCGACCGCCGCGGCGGCGGUCGACCUCAACAUCCGGCUCAUGCGGUGGCGGCUCAUGCCGGCGCUCGAGCCGGAGAAGGUCGCGGCGCAGAGGUGCUUGCUCAUCGGCGCAGGCACGCUGGGCUGUGCCGUGGCCCGCUGCCUUCUCGGCUGGGGCGUCAAGGCGAUCACGCUCGUUGACUCGGGCAAUGUCUCGUACUCGAACCCCGUCCGCCAGUCACUCUUCGCCCACAAGGACUGCAUCGGCGGGAAGACGAAGAAGGCGCCCGCCGCCGCCGAAGAGCUGCGCCGCAUCUUUCCGGGCGCUGAGGCGCGCGGCGUGGUGAUGGGUAUCCCUAUGCCGGGCCACCCGGUCGGCGCGGCGGAGGUGGACGGAGUGCGCGCGGACGCAGAGGCGCUCGACGAGCUGGUGCAGCAGCAUGACAUUGUCUUUCUCCUCACAGACACGCGCGAGUCGCGCUGGCUGCCCACUUUGCUCGCCGCCGCACGGCGCAAGCUGGCCGUCACCGCGGCGCUCGGCUUCGACACGUUCCUCGUCAUGCGGCACGGCCUCCCCCCGCCGGCGGAGGAGGCGGCGGCGCUAGGCGCAGGCGGGCUGCCAGCUGGGUAUGAGCAGGCAGCGCCGGCGGAGGCGGCGGCGCCGCCUCCGCCUCCGCCGCCGCGGCCGCGGCUCGGCUGCUACUUUUGCAGCGACGUCGUCGCUCCUGCCAACUCGAUGACUCGCCGCACUCUCGACCAGCAGUGCACGGUGUCCCGGCCCGGCCUCGCGAUGGUUGCGAGCGCGCUCGCCGUCGAGCUCGCCGUGACGGUGCUCCACCACCAGCACGGCGCCGAGGCGGACGCGGACGUGCCCGCCGAGGCGGCGCGGGCCGCCACUUGCGACGAGUCGCCGCUGGGCGUGGUGCCGCACCAGAUCCGAGGCGCGCUCUCCUUCUUCCGGACAGAUUGCAUGCUUGGCCGCGCGUUUGGCAAGUGCACCGCGUGUUCGGCCACCGUCACCGACGCGUACGCCGCGCGCGGCUUCGACUUCCUUCUCGACGCGUUCAACGGAGGCGACUACCUCGAGGAGCUCACGGGGCUGGCGCAGAUGCACCGCGAGGCGGAGGCUGCGCUCGAGGACGUCGGCUUCUUCGAGGACGACGAGGACGAGGCGAUGAGCGAGUGACGGGGCGCUACACGGUUCGGCGUGCUGGCACCGGGCCUGAGAGAACGCGCGCUCAGGAUGGCCCACGCAAGGUAAGGGGGGGGCGUGAGGCGCUCUCGAGCUGAGAGCUGAUUGAGAGCCUACCCCUCUGAGCAUGCCACGUGUGCGCAGACGGGGGCGGAUCUGGAGGCUUCAGUGAGGGAGGCCGGUAGCCAGCACAGUUUCCGGAGAAUUCUCCGCUCUCCCGCAUCCAGACCCAGUGAAGCCAGCGUCGCGAUCCAAGUCCCGAUGCGGAGAAAGGUACAGAGCUGGUGCGGGGCCUUUUCGAGGUACUUUUGUAUAAUAUAUUCGUUCGCGAGCGCU